GUUAUCAUGAAAUUAUUCUUUUAAAAUGGAAGAAAAUUACGAAGAUGUAGACUUAGAGGAAAAUAAAUUUUCCCAAUAUUUUGAAGAUGACUUAUGUCGCGCCUGUCUGUCGGAUCAAAAGUUACUUCCACUAUUUAUUGAACAAGACGGUUGUUUCGACGCCGGGAACACUAUUUUAAAUAUUUUUGUCUUAUGCACAGGCCUAGAAGCCUCUUGGGACGACCAGUACCCGAAACAUAUUUGUCACAACUGUCUUGAGGAGUUAUUGAGGCUCAACGAGUUUUGGAAAAAGUGUAGAGAGUCUGUUGAUAUACUGAAUAAACUGGUUCAAAAUAGCCUUAAAAACGAGUCAGAAUCUAAGCAAAUAAGUAAUGAUGUAGUUGAUGAUAGUUUUGUUGUUUUAGAUAAGAAAAAGGAGGAACUUGAAGGGGAUUUACCACCAAGUUUUGAAUAUGUUGUGGUAAACGAGCAAAAUGAGACUAAAGACAUUGCUCCUGUUGCAGUACGUAUUAACAAACAUAUUCCUCGCAAACGAAGGUAUGUCAAUAAACGUCAAGUCCUUAAAAAAAUAUGUCAAAAGACGUUGUCCCAAUUGUAAAAUUAUACUUUAUUCUCGUGAGCAUGCUUUAAAACACGUUUGUAGACGGCCUAAAACAAAUAAAACUAACACACAGAAUGAGAAAUCUCCUAACAACGACCCACUAGAUGAUAUUAUCAUAGACGAGUCUAUUACCAAGACUCCUGAACCCGGGGCUAGACCAAAUCGUUGUCUUAUAUGCAAAAUAAGGUUCAUAAACCAAGAUCAUGCUUUAAAACACAUUUGUAGAAACCUUACUCCCAAAGAAAUAGUUUGUAGACAUUGUGGUGCAAAAUUUGAGACCGGUGCAGAUAAACAAAAACACAUACUCGAAUUUCACAAAGAUUUGAGGCCCUAUAUGUGUGAGAAGUGUCCCAGGACGUUCAUUUACCCCCUAAGUCUCGAAGCACAUAGAAGGUCACACAAUUCAGAACAGCCUUUUAGAUGUACAAUAUGCAACCAGAGUUUUAAACACCGUAGUGCGUUGAAUACACAUAAAUUAGAUCAUGGGGUUGAGCAUAAACAUUCUUGUCCGGUUUGUGAUGAAGGUUUUAAUAAGUACUCGCAGUUGAAACAUCAUUUAAAGCAGCACCCUGAAAUCGAUGGUGUGUUUCCACCUUAUUUGUGUCCAGAAUGUGGAGUAACAUAUACUACCCACAAAUCAUUGCAAGAACACCUUCAAACCAUACACAUGGGCACUGAAAAGUACGCUUGUCCGGUUUGCAACAAAGAAUUUAAAUCCAAAGGUUAUUUAAGGGGGCACAUGGUGAUACACUCCCAAGACAACAAAUACGAAUGUCAAUUCUGUGGUAAGAAAUGUAAAACCUGGGGUAAUAGAAGCGCUCAUAUAAAAAUACAUCACUCAGAUGACCGGCCUUAUGUUUGUGAGAUUUGUACGAAGUCUUUUAAGUUCUCAGGAAGACUUAAAAUCCAUUUGAGGCAACACAAUAACGAGAAGCCUUAUUCCUGCACGCAGUGCAGCAUGAGUUUUGUAAGCUCUUCAAGGUUGAGGGGCCAUAUGGCGGUGCAUGGUGAAAAAGCUGUUUAUGAAUGCUCUUUAUGUGAUAAAAAAUUUAGCAAGAAAAGUGUUGCAGUAAAACAUUUUGCUGAGCAUGAGGAACCGGUGGGAAUGGACACAUAAGUUUCAUCGUUGCCAAAUUAUUUUACAAUGAUAUUAAUAUAUAGAUAAAUGUUGG